AUGCCUGACAGGACUGGCGCAACCAUGCUCGAGGAUCUGCCCGAGGAGAUGAUGCACAAAAUACUCAUCCGGUUGCCGUCCAAGGCCGUCGGCCGCUGCCGUGCUGUCAGCACGUCUUGGCGCAGUGCCACAUCCACACCUGAAUUCAUGCUCGAGCACCGCCGCCGCCAGCCAUCGCUCCCUAUUGUCGAUGGGCAGGGGCGGCCCGCCAGUUAUGUCGUCUUAGGAGACGCUGGUGCUGGCACCUCAAAUCAAGAGCUCUGGCCCUUCCUCCAGGACUGCAGACACCGUUUUAAGAAUAGCCUCAAAGGCUCCUGUGAUGGCUUCUUCAUUAUGUACCUCUGGAUGCGGUCCCAUUUCUUCAUCUGCAACCCGGUGACCCGCAAGUCUGUUGUCGUACCGCAGCCUCAAGGGCUCAACUUCGUAAUUGGUUUCUACUGCCACCAUCCAACUGGAGAAUAUAGGGUGCUCUGGGUCUCACAGUCAUAUGACUUGUCUACAUCUAGAUUAUACAUCCUCACAGUAGGAUCCGACAAGCUGAGGGAAUUAAUAGUCAGAAUGCAAACGGUCUCAUCGCCUUCCAUGGAACAGAAGCUACUGAAUGAGCUGCGAAUGUCAUCCGACCACUCACCAGCAGUCCACCACCGUGGCAGCCUCCACUGGUGUCUUUAUGAUGCUAGUGACAUCAUGGGAGAUGGUGGAGACAUCAUUGUGUUCAACACAGAAGCCGAGUCAUUCGGGUGGAUGCGUAGUCCCGCUCAGCCAUGCCCUAAUAGGAAGUUGUUCGACAUGAAAGGGACGCUUGCUUGCUGGGCCAGCUCGACUCCUAGUUUCACUGCUAUUGAUGUCUGGGUGAUGCAAGAUUAUGAUGCGGAAAUCUGGGCUUUCAUGUACCGGAUUGAACUUUCAACUGUGGAGGCAUCACGGCAACUUUAUUUGAGUUCAUUGAAAAAGAAAAAGAAAAAGAAAACACCACUUGAUUCAACGGUGCAAUCAUUCAGUGAUAUGGCUGUGAUAAACAAGUGUGAGUUGCUGAUCAUGUUUAAUAAUAAGCAUGUGUUGCGCUGCGACAUUGAUGGCAAGUUCUUAGGUUCGGUUAAUAUUGGAAAAAGUCAAUAUUGUGUGGGGCUUAGUCAGCACCGCCUUCAAGAGAGCAUUAUUGCAAUUCCAUCAUGA